CCUGUAGCGAUUGUGCAGUUGGUGGCAGAGUUCGCCUGUACGGCGGCUGCGGCAGGACGACUUAACCAGAGGUGCCGGCCGAAUAAUUAGACAAUAUAAUCCGGGUGAAAAUACAAAGAAAUCCAAUCCUGCGAGUCUACUGUGUGUUUUUUUCUUUCAGUUGGUAUCAAGCAGAAGCUCACAUGUCGUAAGGCUUUGGAAUUCGGCGGCGGGCCGGGCUGGGGGGUCCCUUUCGUUGUCUGUUAAUAAGAAGGGAGAGACAUAGACAGAAACCGGAGGCCUACAAGCGAGGAGCGCUCAUCGAUUGAUCCUCGGACUCGAGUUGACCCCCCUGCCGAACUCGGACCCAGACCUUGUAGCUGAGUACUGCCGGGUGCCCGGCCCCGGAACUCCGCCGUUUACAAAUCACCCAGAAAAUAAGCAUCUUCUGGGCGUAUUUGGAUGCCUGAUACCUGUGGGUGGACUUGGCCGCAUUGUUUUAAUCUGCUCAGAGUAGGAUGCUCCGCCUCGGACCCGGAGCCUACGAUCCUGCCGCCGCCGCUGCUGCUCCUGCUGCCCCUCUCCGUAAUUGUAACCCAUCACCGAGAAGCUGAGACCAACAGAAGCGGGUAUGGCCUCCCAGCUACAGGUCUUCUCGCCUCCAUCUGUCUCCUCAAGCGCCUUCUGUCGGGUCAAGAAGCUGAAAGUUGAGAGCUGUGCUUGGGAUGUGACGGGGCAGUCUGGGGAGGGCAAGUACUACCCAUCCAGUACUACUCAAGGCAAUCCUUCCUCAAGUGCAACAAGCAGUGGGUCACAGUCUUCCAGCUUCAACACCACAGCGGCUCCCUAUAGCUCUGCCAGUCUGCUACUUCCCCCAGCUGGAGGUUCUCGGGGUCACAUUGUAGUGCGUGCAGCAGACAGCACUGGAAGCCUUCCAGGUCCUUCAAGCCGACGAGCCCGAGAGCUGUCUUUGCUUGACCCCUACCAGAAGUAUGGGCUAAAGAGAAAAAGUGAAGAAGUGGACAGUAGUGGUAGUGUUCAGAUACUAGAGGAGCAGCCACCGCCCAUGCUGCCAAACAGAACAGGUGUUGGUGCUGUCACCAGCACACAAACUAUCACCCACUCUAAUUCAACUACCAAAAGCAGCAGUUCCAACAGCGAAGGUGACUACCAGCUUGUACAACAUGAGAUCCUGUGCUCUGUGUCUCAUAGCUAUGAAGUGCUUGAGUUCUUGGGCCGUGGUACAUUUGGGCAGGUGGCAAAGUGCUGGAAGCGAGGUACCAAUGAUAUUGUCGCUAUCAAGAUCCUAAAGAAUCACCCUUCAUAUGCACGGCAAGGACAGAUUGAGGUGAGCAUCUUGAGCCGAUUAAGUACAGAGAAUGCAGAUGAGUUCAACUUUGUCCGAUCCUACGAAUGUUUCCAACACAAAAAUCACACCUGUCUGGUGUUUGAAAUGCUGGAGCAAAACCUAUAUGACUUUCUAAAACAAAGCAAGUUCAGUCCACUGCCGCUCAAGUCCAUCCGCCCCAUCCUUCAGCAGGUAGGAACGGCUUUGAUGAAACUGAAGUCUCUAGGAUUGAUUCACGCUGACCUCAAGCCUGAGAACAUCAUGUUGGUGGACCCUAUUCGACAGCCAUAUCGGGUGAAAGUAAUCGACUUUGGCUCAGCUAGUCAUGUCUCCAAAGCAGUCUGCUCAACAUACCUUCAGUCACGCUACUAUAGAGCACCAGAGAUCAUCCUUGGCUUGCCGUUCUGUGAGGCCAUUGACAUGUGGUCACUGGGAUGUGUCAUUGCUGAACUGUUUUUAGGCUGGCCCCUUUACCCUGGAGCCUCAGAGUAUGACCAGAUUCGCUACAUCUCCCAGACACAGGGGCUACCAGCUGAAUAUUUGUUAAGUGCAGGGACCAAGACAAGCAGAUUUUUCAAUCGAGAUCCUGACUCUGGCUAUCCACUGUGGAGGUUAAAGAUACCGUCAGAGCAUGAAGCAGAAAUGGGUAUUAAGUCAAAGGAGGCUAGGAAGUACAUAUUCAAUUGUUUGGAUGAUAUGGUGCAGGUAAAUAUGUCAAAUGAUUUGGAGCGCACUGAUAUGUUGGCAGAAAAGGCAGACCGAAGGGAGUUCAUUGAUUUGCUGAAAAAAAUGUUGACCAUAGAUGCUGACAAAAGGAUAACUCCAACGAAAACACUACAACAUCCCUUUGUGAUUAUGGGCCAUCUGCUUGACUUCCCCCACAGUUCUCAUGUCAAGUCCUGCUUUCAGAAUAUGGAAAUUUGCAAGAGGCGAAGUAAUUCGUAUGACAAUGGCAAGAGUCCCUUCACCACACACACAACUCCUAGUGGAGCAGCAAACCUCACUGUGACAUUCAGCAAUCCACUUGGCACUGUCCAGCACAGCCAGGUUGGUUCUUUGGUUUCUGGUUCUUCUGGGCCUGCAUCUCUCUCCUUGACUAAUGCAGAUGUGCCACUGCUUAACUACCAGCCAGCUAUCUAUCCUCCAGCUGCAGUGAACAUCCCAGGCAUCACACAGCAAAGUGUGUCACUGCAGGCUGGCACCACUCAGUUGUGCAGUCAGACCGAGCCCUUUCAGCAGACUCUGAUUGUUUGCCCACCUGCAUUUCAGGCUGGCCUUCAAGCCAGUGCUAAGCAUUCCGGAUUCCCUGUGCGAAUGGACAACGCAGUUCCCAUUGUGCCUCCUGGCCAGUCAGCUCAGUCAUUGCAGAUCCAGCCUGGAGUACUCACACAGGGAACCUGUACUCCUCUGAUGGUGGCCACCCUGCAUCCACAUGUUGCCACCGUUACGCCACAGUACGCGGUCCCCCUGGCACUGAAUUGCACUCCUGGUAGGCCAGCCCUGCUAGAGCAGACUGCCACCGUGCUGCAGGCCUGGCCAGCAGGGACCCAACAGAUACUCCUACCAUCAACUUGGCAGCAGUUGCCAGGUGUGGCUCUACACAGCUCUGUCCAGCAGGCCGCAGCAGUGAUUCCCGAUUCCUCUCUGGGGGCUGUUCUUUCUGAAUCCAUCAGCUCUGGGCAGCAGGUGGCAGACUGGAGGAGUUCCCAUGGUAGCCAGUAUCCUGGGGUUAUGCAGCAGCCAUCACUGUUGACAAGCCAUGUAACACUAGCUGCAGCAGCGCAGCCCCUCAAUGUGAGUGUUGCACAUGUGGUGAGGCCCCCACAGAGCUGCAUUACUGGAAAGAGGACCAAAGCCCGUCAAGCAGAGGAUCGUGGCAGGACAAUGCCAUUAUUGGAACAAGUCCCAGCUCUGGUGCAGCAUAGCCCUCUUCUUACAACACCCCCUUAUAAUGGCAUGCUUUCUCAGCCAAUUGUCAUUCCAGACACACCCAGCCCAGCUGUUAGUGUUAUCACUAUUAGAAGUGAUACAGAAGAUGAGGAUGAGAGCAAAUACCACCCUUCAAGCUCUGCAGUGAAACAGCGCACUAAUGUCAUCAGCUGUGUGACUGUCCAGGAUUCACCUGAUUCAGAUUCUUCCAGUAGUCCCUUCCUAUCGGAACAUCUGCCAAACUUCUUGGAGGCAUCUGCUCAAGUUGCAAAACCCCGAACCAUCAUUGUGCCAUCAAUUAAAAGCCAGUUGGGUGAUUCUGUGUCAGGGUACCUUUCUAAUGUCUAUAAAGGGAAGAAUACUUCAAGCAGUAACAUUCAGCAUAGUGGUAAUUCUGGCAUGGGAAACAAUUACAGGCACCAGCGCACAGUACCAAGUGGGAUGCAGCCAUUGAACCUCAGUCAGGUCCAGCCUUCCUUGCCAUCCGCUCAGGAGCGUGGUGUCGGUGGCUCCUCACGUAGGCAGCAGACAUACACCAUAGCUCCCCAGACUACAUCCCAGGCUCAGUACUGCUUGCAGCAGACACCUCCUCGUAAUGCUGCGAUCCCACACUUCAGUGCUGCCUCUCAUCUGGGGAGUCAAGCUCAUCUGUAUACAUACGCACCCUCCUCUACAACAUUAGCACCACUGCUUGCUGCUCCACAGAGCUCUGCUCACCAUACCACUGCCACAGGUUUCACCUCCCAUCCGGCCGGGUUGGUACACCAGGUGCCUGUGAGUGUGGGGCACAGCCUCCUUACCACUGCUGCCGUGCCCACUGCCCAGUACCAGCACCCGUUUCCUGCUCAGUCUUACAUUAGUACAUCACAUGCAAAUGCUGUAUACAGUGGCUACCCUCUCAGCCCCACUAAAAUCAACCAGUUCCCGUAUUUAUAACGCAUCUCUCACUUCACAGAUACCCAUUUGCUCACAAAUGAACUGUUAUGUCCCAGCCCCAUUAGAAGGGCUACUUAAAGGUGGUAGGGGGGUGGUAUCUAUUAAAGGCCUGCUCAGAAUAGGUUAGGAUGGAAAAGGUGGGCAGUGGGACAUCAAAGUUUUACCUAAGGAUUUUUUUUGUUUGUAUUUGAUAAAAGUAAUUAGAUUUUUUUAUUAUUCUUUUUACUAUGUUUUUAAAAUUUUAGAAGAAAAUUUUAGGUGAAAGCCAAAAAAAAAAAAAAAGAAAUCAUUCCUUCUUUCUUAUCCCAGGGACUGAUGGAGUGAUUCCAGUGUUUUGCUAAUGCUGUUCAAGAUCAAUAGUCACCAUAUAACUAACUAUUUCAAAAGCUUUUGUUUUGCAACAUGCUGAUAAGGUGGGGUAGGGGGGAUUGGUCAAUUGGGAAGGCAUGCUUUUUUAUAUAAUGUUUACCUCAAUAGAAGCAAAAAAUGAUAUUGAUGAAGGGUAGCUGUGAAAAAGCCCAUCCUUGACACCGAGGCCUGCUUGUAUUUACUUCAUUUAUUUUUAUUAUUAUCACACCAACCAUGGGGAACUGCACUUGGCCUGCUGAAUUUCUAGCAACGAAAGGCAGCUCAGCUUUAUCAACCACCUUGUAUAGGUAGGAGAAUGAGCCAUUCCUUUAUUUCAGUACAGAUGUCUGUGUGAUCAUCGAAUUCUAAUGAUUAUAUUCAGCUUUAAAAUAAACAUUUAAAAAAAAAAAACUAUACCUGCUUGGGUGAAGAAGGGUGGUCCAGUGCUUUGGGAGUGUAGUAGGAGAUUAAUGACCCUCUGUAUGUCAAGUGAGGAAAGCUGAAAUUUGAAGAAAGAGUGCAUCCAUCUAAGUGAAAAGCAAGCUAAACCCAUCUUAAGAAUUAACAAAGGGUUUGUCUCUGUAUUUUCUUACAAAUACAAUUUAAAACUUCUUACUUAUUCUGUAUAAAUUAGCAACCAAAGGAAGUGUCAUUUGUUUUAUUUGGUAUCUAAGGUCUUGUAUGUGUGUAAUACUGAGGCAUGAGAGGUGCUGUUGAUUAGAACCUUUUUACUUGCUUUGUCCUGUUUUUGGGAUUGACUAUCACUGGUGCCAGCCCUAGGUACAGGGGUCAUAAAAGUACACUCUUCAUAUCACGUCAGUUUUUUCACAGGGUGCCCAUAAAUAUCGGUUCACCAAAUGCUAAAUCCACAGCUGCUUGCUGUUUCCUCCAUAAAUCCCUGAUUAGUCUUUUGUAUUAUCAUUUGAAUCUCAUUUUUUAUUCUUUUAAUUCCGGAAGGUACACCAGCGUUUGAAUAAAAUGUCUUAUUCUACAUUAAGCUUUAUUCUCAAAUUCUGGCUUAAGGAUUCAAGCUUUACUUUUUAUGAUCAUUUCUGUUCAUUUUUCAGCUGACCAAUUAAAUCCUAUAACAGCGUAAACCAAUAUGUGAUGUGAAGUUUACAUGUCAUGAUGCCAGCACAGAUGAUGGAGGAGUCCACAGAAAUAGAGCUCAAAAGUGAGGCCAGCGGAGAGAGAAUUUGUUCUAAGAAAGAAUGCAUUAAUGCUCUAAAUAGUUAUAUUUCGUGCACUCAGACAGAAGUGAUUAAUGGCUCUGUUAUUUGCAUUUCAAAACCCACUAUAUUGGAUUAUUUGGAACAUUUAUAUUAUUUGCUUUUUUUUUAUUUUAUAAUUAUUGAAGAAUGAGAUAAAAUUUGGAGCCAACAACUUCCCGGAUGUACACCAUGAAACCUCCACUGUUACCACAUUUUUGUGUAGCCUGUUCAUCCCAAGUGAAAAAUGUCUCCUUGAAUUAUUUACAUGCUCCUUAUUGUCAGCCUGUAGAGUAAAAUCAGGCUAGGAGUUGCAGAUGGAAAGCCAUUAGUUGGCAGCUAAUUUCAGUUCUUGUUUCAAACUCGAAGAAUUUAUUGCUUUUUUUGUGCCGUCGUGACUUGACAGACUCAUCUUGUGACUGCCUUUUUAUGUAAAUGUUUGCUAGUUUGGUAUGGGCAAGUGGGAACAUAACCUGGAGGACAGGACAUUGGUUCCCUUUAUUUCACUUACUGCAUGUUAAGUUUAUUUUGUAAAAAAACACCAGCAGCUGAGGUUGACUUUGGAGCAAAUCACGUCAAGCAUACAGCUUUGAUCCCCCCCCAACUGGGCAACAUGCUGUGUCUGCUUUUGCAGCAAACAGUGUAGUUGUGGUUGUCACUCAGUCACUUGCCAUGAAUUGAUGGGUAAUUCAGAGUGUCCUUCCAGAUAUGUUUGGGUUUCUAGAAGAGAGGCAGUUGGGAAAGGUGACCUUAAAGCAGAUUUGCACAUCCGUCCAUCAGACUAAAGACAUGGGAGUAGCGUGCAGUUCCCCAUAACAAAGCAAAUAGGGUGUUCUACCAUCCUAGGGCCAGAUUUUUCCCAUAGUGCCUUACAAAGCGUCAUUCUUGUGGAGACUGGACAUUUCUUCCCAAACUUGUCCAGGUAAAGAAGAGCUGUGGGUGAAUCGCACUGCUCCUUGUAUUAUAAUUAUUUUUCAUUUUACUAUGUGUUUUAUAUAUAGUCAGCUAUGUUAUAAAACAAUUUGGAAAAAAAAAAGCUUUUAUUAAUUAUUUUUCUGUAACUUUUAAAAUUCAUGGAAUGUCCUUCAAAUUUCUGUGUGUUUCUGAGAGGAUUGUUGUUGUUUUGUUUUUUUUUUUUUUUAAUCUGGUGAUUUACGUAUCUGUUAGAUAUUACACAAUAGUUAUGUUUUCACACACACAUUGAUGUUAAAUUGUGAUUUUUAUUUUUUCAGUCGCCUGGGUUGAUUAAAAUGACAAUUGAAAAUAAAGGACAGCAAUACUUCUCCCUGAUGAAAUUUCACACUUUAUGUAAUUGAUUAACUUACUUCUAGAAAAAGGAGGAAUGCAUGUCACCUGAUGUAGAGAUUUGAUAUCAUAUUGCCUUGUUUUAUGUCUCUGUGAGGUUGUGUCUUGUUUCAUUUUUGUCAAUUAAAGAGAAAACUUACAUUUACUAAAGCAGCCAGACUGUAGAAGGCCUUUGUUUUCACAGCCUCAACAGAUAACCCAGGCCUCUUGCGAGAAGCCAUGGUGCAUGUUCACAUCUGGACAAAUGAGAGGCAGUCUUAUUUCCAACUCUCCUGGUCCUCAGUUGCCAGCAGAGUCAGUGUAAGGGUACAUUGUGACUUCUGAUGGUGUGACUGAAAUGUUCAUCACAAUUCCUGUGAUUUGAUUCUGGUCAUACUUGGCUUUUAGUAACAUGAAGCUUUGAAUUGCACACCAUCUCUUGGGACCUGCCUUCCUGCUUUUCUUCCCAUUGCGUUCUUCAGUGUGUGUAUGUGAACUCCCAUGAAUGUAUGAUUUCUUAAAUAUUUUUUCUACACUAAUGUAAUAAUAAACUUUCCUAUUUGAUUGUAUGUGACCUUUUUUAAACGUAGGCAGCUUUAUUUUUUAUUUUUAGCUUCACUGCUGUAUCUUGGGGUGAUUGUAAAAUUUUACACAAAUAUAUAUAGUAAUUUAACAAAAUACUAACUAUGUUAAAAAUGGGGUUUGUUUGGAAAUGCUCCUUUUUUCUCAUUUUGUUUUAAGUCUUUGGUUUUACAAAGUAGUGUGUAUUAUCUGUUUUGUACUUGGAUCUUAGAAAUUUGGAAGAAUUGUCAUCAAGUUUCAAAUAAAGAAAUUACUGGUA